CUCCAUUUGCCCCCAAAUCUCAAAUUCCUCAAAUCCCUAGCAUCUCCAUCUCUCUCUCUCUCUGCCCUCAGAUUCACAGCAUUUGCAAUGACGGAAGACUCGGAACCGCGUCAACUCGGUAAUUCUACAGCCGUAAGAGAGCUCAUGGCUACUCUUGGUCUCUCCGAAUCAGACGUCUAUGACUGGCUUUGCUAUUAUCGGCAAGCCUAUGAGCUAUGUCGUCUCCUGCUUUCUAGUGGCAAUCCAGAAUCUGUUAUAGAUCUUUCUUCAAAGUGUAGACACUUCCAAGGUUCUCCUAAGCUUGUCAAAUUUCUUUGCUCGAUCCCUAGUUCUCCUAUUUCCCUUGCUGGAGAUGGCUUCACCGUUACUCUCUCGUCUGAGUUACUCUCCGCUCCGGCUGGUUUCGCCCGUACUUUGGGUCUGCCGGAAAAUGUUAUGUUUGAACAAUUAAGGCGUUUUAUGGAUCCGAGAUCUCCCAAUCACAAGCGGAAUAGUCUUGCGCAUAUGAGAGAAAAUGAGGAACAAGAGGAGCAGUUAAUGCCUUUGUCCAAAAGAAGCCGCAAGGAUGAGAUCGAUGUGAAUUACUCUGUAAUGGAUAGCAGACCUAACGACACCAGAACUGUUGCCGGUGGAUCUAUGCUUGGGACUAUUUUGGCUUUAGAAUCCCGAGCUUCGUUUUCUAAGUUAAUUGCAUAUAUCCUAGAAAUCGUGGCUUCUGAUCAUAAUCCUCAGCCCGGUCCGCAGAUUCCAAAUUUUGGUGGCGAGAUUAUUGCAAAUGCUUCAGUGGAUGUCAAUCCUACUCAUUGCGUGGAGGAAAGCAAGAACGGUUUGUCAUCUCCUCAGGAGGAUGGAUAUUGCAAGCAACUUGAAAUUGAAGAUUUUCAAAUUGCUGACAACGAAGACAGUGAUGAUAAAAACAAGAAGGAUCUCUUCCCUAAGGGGGAGAUACAAACUUCCUGUGUGCAGAUUGUGGAGGACACUGAAGACUUUCUUGUAGAAGAUCACACUGUAGACAUCUUUAGCAGCCCUGUCAGAGGUCUGCCGUUGAAGCCUUCUGCUACAGAAGCUAACCAAGAUAAUUAUUUUGUACAAAAUACUCAGGAUCAGUGCAAAUCGCCAGGAAACAGCAAAGCGCACAACUGUUCCCCUGAGAAAAAAAACACCAGAAAAAGUAAAGCUGUCCAGAAGUUGAAGCAGAAUUUUAACUCCAUUCAACCUAAAGAUCAGAAGGAUCAGUCAAAACAUAACACAAUUCCAGAUUUUGAUUCUUACACUAUUGUAGAGGAAGAAGGUUCAGGCGGCUACGGGAUUGUUUAUAAGGCGAAGAGGAAAACCGAUGGAACAGAGUUUGCCAUUAAAUGCCCUCAUGCUGGCGCUCAGAAGUACUAUGUUAAUAAUGAAAUCAGAAUGCUGGAGCGUUUUGGGGGGAAAAACUGUAUAAUAAAGCAUGAGGGAUGUCUCAAGAAUGGAGAUUCUGAUUGCAUUAUCCUUGAGCACCUUGAACAUGACAGACCUGAUUCAUUAAAGAGAGAAAUUGACGUGGAUCAGCUACAGUGGUACGGCUACUGCAUGUUCAAAGCUCUAUCAAGUCUGCAUAAGCAGGGUGUUGUUCAUAGGGAUGUUAAGCCAGGAAACUUCCUCUUCUCUAGGAAGACCAACAAAGGCUAUCUCAUUGAUUUUAACCUUGCCAUGGACUUACACCAGAAGUAUAGGAGAGCAGCAGCUUCAGGUCUUCCAACCACCAGCAAGAAACAUCAUACAUUGGUUAAAUCACUUGAUGUGGCAAACCGAGGGACCAACAAAUCUUCUCAGAAAACUUUAGCGCCCAACAGUCUCAAGAAAGUAGCGGGAAAGAUAAGAGCUCGGAAUAACAUAGGCAAAUGGGAGAUACUCAAUAGCCAAGGGGCAGAAGGGUCAGGCUUAACUUCAGCUAAAGAUGUGACCAGCACAAGGAACAACCUUUCAGGUGAAAAAAGGAGAGAGCCUUUGCCAUGUCAUGGAAGAAAAGCGCUUUUAGAUUUUCUGCAGGAGACAAUGUCUGUUCCAAUUCCAAACUCUGAAGUAUCAUCCAAAGCUCCUAUAUCUAUGAGAAAACGGGUAGCUGCUCUUCCAGGGAAAGCUGAGAAGGAACUUCUUUAUCUGACCCCAAUGCCACUGCGAUCUAACGGUCGGCCUGAAGCAGGGGAUGUAUGUCAGAAGAAAGAUGGUCCUUGCUCAGGAACCAAAGGCUUCCGAGCUCCAGAGGUUUGCUUCAGAUCUUUGCACCAAGGACCUAAGAUAGAUGUAUGGUCUGCGGGAGUUACUUUGUUAUACCUCAUAAUGGGAAGGACACCUUUCACUGGUGACACUGAACAGAACAUAAAGGACAUUGCACAACUACGAGGCAGUGAAGAAUUAUGGGAAGUAGCUAAGCUGCACAACCGUGAAUCCUCUUUCCCUAAGGAGUUGUACGAGUCAACGUACUUGAAAGGGAUGGAGUUGAGAAAAUGGUGCAAACUCAGCACGAAACGCAGAGAGUUUCUAGACGCAAUUCCACGGUCGCUCCUUGACCUUGUUGAUAGAUGUUUGACCGUUAACCCGAGGCGACGAAUCAGCGCAGAGGAUGCUAUGAAGCACGACUUCUUCUAUCCAGUCCAUGAAACCCUUAGAAGCCAAAGACUCCUUAAACAGCAGCAAGCACAGUUGCAGCCUUCAGUGGUUGCUGACGCAGUAGGGCAAACACUAACGUAAUUAUACAAAUGUAAAAGUAAAUAAUAAAAUAUUAUAUGAAAAUCUCCACUCAAGUAGUGUCCACACCUCACAACCCUAGAAUACUAUAGUAGAUUAGUAGUUAGCAAACUAGAUAAUAGGUUGUGUUAGUGUUUUUACCGUAUUAUAAUUUGAAUAAAUAUUUUUUGGGUCA